AUGUACGCAUCGCAAGAUGCACCCCAGGUGAACGGCUCCACGGCAUACGGAAAGAAUGCCGUGGAAAGCUUAAAGGAAGAAGAAAAGUUAGAAAAGUCGUCGGUGGGGAAGCUUUCAAAAGAGCAUGACCAUGUCUUGAAGACAUUCAGAUUGCUUAUUGCAGACUUAGGGGCCAUUGGAAUGGCAGCAAUUGGUGUUGCUUUGUGGAAAUAUGUCAUGCGCUAUGCACCUCACACCCCAGAUUACUUCAAUCGCGAUCGAUUCGUUUUAUCAAAUGGUCAUACAUGUCUCUUUCAGUACACAUUCCUCCAUCUCACAGGAUACAAAGCUAUGACUUUUGACCAGCUCAAGUCAUAUCACUCGGAACGAGUCGAUGCACUAUGCCCCGGCCAUCCAGAAAUCGAACACGAAGGCAUUGAAGUGACGACCGGUCCAUUGGGCCAAGGUGUAGCAAACGCAGUAGGCUUAGCUAUGGCUACGAAAAACCUUCAAGCCACAUACAACAAGCCCGACUUCGAUGUCGUAUCGAAUCACACUUGGUGUAUGAUUGGAGAUGCGUGUCUUCAAGAAGGAGUGGCUUUGGAAGCCAUUUCCUUUGCUGGUCAUUUGAAGCUGAACAAUCUCACCAUCAUUUACGACAACAACCAAGUUACUUGUGAUGGCUCAGUCGAUCUAACCAAUACCGAGGACGUCAACACCAAGAUGAGGGCAUGUGGUUGGCAUGUAAUUGAUGUCGAAGAUGGCUGCUUCGACGUUGAGGGUCUUGUCGAGGCCCUGAACAAAGCACGGUCUUCCACUGACAAGCCCACUUUUAUUAACGUUCGAACAAUCAUCGGUGUUGGCAGUGCGGUCGCUGGUGACGCCGUUGCUCAUGGAGUAGCCUUCGGUGCAUCUGACGUAGCGAACAUGAAGAAAACAUACGGCUUCAAUCCUGAUGAACACUUCGUCGUCAGUGAUGAGGUGCGUAAGUUCUUUGAGGACAUUCCAGCCAGAGGUCAAGAACUAGUUCGAUCAUGGGAAGAGAAAGUUAAGGAGUAUGAGGCCAAAUACCCGGAAGAAGGUGCAGACUUCAGGCGUCGGGUAGAAGGCCGUCUGGUCGAGGAUUGGAAGUCUUGGGUACCAGAGAAAUUCCCAGAUGCACCGACAGCGACGAGAAAGUCAUCUGGGCUUGUUUUGAAUCCGCUCGCAGAGAAGAUCAAUAACUUUAUGGUCGGCACUGCUGACUUGACACCUUCGGUCAAUAUGGUUUGGAAGGGCAAGGUCGACUUCCAGCAUCCUGACUUAAAAACAACAUGCGGUAUCAACGGUAACUACAGUGGUCGUUAUAUCCACUAUGGCGUUCGUGAGCAUGCAAUGGCUGCAAUCUCAAACGGUAUUGCAGCUUUUGCGCCAAAUACCUUCAUCCCGGUUACCUCUUCCUUUUUCAUGUUCUACCUUUACGCUGCACCGGCAGUCCGCAUGGGCGCUUUGCAGCAACUUCAGGUCAUACACGCAGCGACACACGACAGUAUCGGAAUGGGUGAAGAUGGCCCGACACAUCAACCUAUCGAACUUGCCAAUCUGUAUCGAGCCAUGCCCAAUCUACUAUACAUCCGACCUGGUGAUAGUGAAGAGACGGCGGGCGCAUGGAUCACCGCUAUCGAGGCGAAGAAGACGCCCAGUAUCAUAUCAACGUCGAGACAUACACUACCACAAUUGGCGAAAACAAAGAGGGAUAUGGUCGCAAAGGGUGCAUACGUCCUCGAAGAGGUUGAAAAUGCUGACGUGACACUGAUCGGUGUCGGCGCCGAACUACACCAUGCACUCGAUGUUGCCAAAGAACUGAGCGCGAAGAAUACCAAGGCGCGCGUGGUGAGCUUCCCAUGCCAACGGCUUUUUGAGAAUCAACCGAUUCAGUACAAGCGGGAGACACUCAAGAGGCAUCUCGGAAUUCCUGCAAUAGUCAUUGAGCCUUUCGCGCCUAACGGCUGGGAGCGAUAUGCUGAUGCCGCAUGCUGCAUAAAGAGAUUCGGACAUAGUCUCCCCGGGAAGGCGGCGUACAAGUAUUUUGGCUUUGAUGUUCCUGCGUUGACGACAAAGGUGGAGAGCUACCUCAAGCAAAUUCGCGACGACCCGCUGCUCAAGGGAGAAUUCGUCGAUUUGUAG